CGUUCUCCCUGUCUCCUCAAAACGCCCGGUCCAACGCGGUGGGCGCAGCGUACCGUGAAAAUCCCCCAAGACCAAACCAUCCAAACCACACGGAUGGCACAUCCACCGUCGACUCCGGCGGCGGCGUACGGGUGCGCGGCGUGCGGCGCGGACCUGAACCUCUCGGCGUCCCACCUGUACCCGGCGGGGACCUACUUCGAGGCGGGGAACAAGGGCACGCUGUCCUUCAGCUGGGCGGACGAGUCGCGGCUGCGGUUCGCGGCGGAGGACAGGAUCCGGCCCUUCUUCGAGACGCUCGACUACUGGGGCAUCCACCGGAAGCGCACCCGCAUCAGCUGCGACGCCUGCGGCAAGCUCCUCGGCCACGUCUACGACGACGGGCCGCCGGUCAUGGAAGGGACGGGCCAGCUCGGGAUGGGCCCCAGCCAGGUCAUCCCCCGCCGGCCCAGGUACCGGAUCAAGGUCAAGGCCGUCACGCCCACCGCCACCGGCUCCUCCUCCGCCGCCGUCGCCGCCGCCUCCCCGCGCUGAGCUGAGAGAAGCUUGAUGCUUGCACAUGCUUCUUCCUGCUGUAAUCAGUCCUACUACUAGUCUACUACUGCAUGUAAAUCUUUGGAUGCAAAACGAACUUGGAGGAGUGGGAUUUGCUGUGAAUUGUAUGAAAUCGAAGACAUUGUGAUCCAUCAAGCUUCGUUACUGUACUCAUCUGAUUUUGCUGUGUAAAUGGAAAGUAUUCUGGGUAA